AUGUUCACGAACCAAGAUCCAGACCCCAUUCAUUUUCUUCUCUUGAUCAAGAUCAACAUUAUGAUGCCGCUUGUCCGCAUGCUGGAUACCCUUGUGCAUUGUGUCGUGGAAGCAUAUCUACGUGUUCAGCUCGGAACCAAGGCCUUGGAUGAUGCGCAUCAUGAUGAAGCCGCUGACCACUUUGCUGCCGCCAUCAACUCCAGCGCUUUCCCAUCAACAAUCAUCCAUGACGUAUACCAGGACUUGAUCGUGCGUAAUGCUGCAGCGGGCGCUCCUGCCGAUGAUGAUUCAGACAUUAUACGUGCUGAAUAUCUCGAUGAUGGUCUAGAGGACCCCAAUACGCAACAGCACAGCGCACAACAGCACAACGCACAACGCACAACAGCAACAACAACCAGUAGCAACGCAGGCAGACACUGGGCAACAUUGAGAUGGCAAGUCGUGUUUCUGCUGCUAGCGGGUUUCGUGGAUGUCCUCGGGGCGAUCCCAUCAGACUACGACAAAGAAUACUCAUUGCUGCCACUCGUUUGGGUUGAAGUUCGAGACAAUCCUGAGCUCAUCUGGAAGGAUCAUUUUGUGACCCAAUACGAUGUCCUCGUGUGCGCUGCACGGCUGAGUUGGGAGAUCCCACAUUUGUCCGGGACAGGCUUCACGCACCAGGACGCAGUGGAUGCCGAAAACGAAAACGACACCGGCUACGAUCUUGACUCGGAGCAAGCUCAUGUGUAUCAUCAGGAUAUUCCUGAAAACGCUUCUGCCCCUUCUGAUGCCGCGGAUAUUUACCUUAGCCAGCAGUUGGCAAUUCCUAACCCUGACCACGACCACGUUAUCAUCGCAUCACGCACCAGGACCCAGUCCCUUACUCGCUCCAACUCCAACUCCAGCUCCAGAUACAACCAUCCAUCAUCGAAAUUGAACGAAUCUAUAGACGUUGAUGUAUGGAAAGCCCAAUCUCAAUCUCAAUCCCAAUCCCAAUCCCAAUCCCCCCUACACCCACCCGGCCCUGACCCCGACCACGUUAUCACAUCAUGCACUAGGACCCAGUCCCUUGCUGGCUCCCACUCCGGCUCCAACUCCAACUCCAGAUAUGACCAUUCAUCGAAAUCGAACGAGUCUCUAGACGUCAACAUAUAGAAAUUCCAAUCCCAAUCCCAUGGUACUUUCGUUCCGCAUCCGCUGAGACAUCCUCUUGAGGUGACGGAGCGCUCACGAUCGCUCCCUCCUCGUGCACGAGCAAGAACCCCGGUUUUGAUGCAGGGGAGGGUGUGGGUGUUUUUCGGUGUGAUAGUGCGCCGAUACGAGGUGGGAUGGUCCACAAGGUAUUCGGUGGGAUGGUGCACAAAGCACCUAUACUGCUACUGGCACUGAUACCAGUGGUACUGCGAUCGUCACGUCCGUUGCUAAAUCUCACAGGCCUGAAUACGCGCCUGUACCGCACCACCCAACUCACGCAGCGGUACCGUCACCGUUAUCGAAACCUCAACUUGGAGUCCGUCUUGAUUGCGUCCCUCGUCAAGAAUCUGAAUCUGAAUCCGAAGCUGAAUCGUAUAGGUUCCCU